UAUCUAUCUGAGGACGGCACAUUUGUAUAAAGGAGGGCAUUAUUCUUCCAGCUGCCAUUUUCUAACAGUCCCCUCCCGCCGUCCUCCUGUCAUCCGACCAGUGCUUUCCCUACUGUGUUAUCUUGUGAACUUGUCAAUAAAGUUUGUUGAACUGGAACCUCGUCGUAAACAAACAUGGCGGCUCCCGCAGCAGAAGGCGACGAUUAACCCGGGUGGAACCGUGAUUCUUUUCCGUCCGCACCGUAAACCAUGGAGGACAUGGCGGGGUUUAUGGACGACGGUGAAGAGCAGCUACAGGUGAAGAUCAUCGGCUCGGAGCUGGUGGAGAAUUACACGGUUUACGUCAUAGAAGUUUAUACUGGAAUAUACAAUUGGACUGUGAAGCAUCGUUACAGUGACUUCUAUGAUCUUCAUGAAAAGCUUACAGCUGAAAACAAAAUCGAGUGGAAUUUAUUGCCUCCAAAAAAGAUUAUCGGAAAGAACUCUAAAAGCUUGGUUGAAAAAAGACAGAAGGAUCUGGAGGUCUACCUGCAAGCCCUGCUCGCAAAGUUCCCUGUCAACGUACCCAAAGCUUUAUCACAUUUCCUGCACUUUCACCUAUAUGAAAUCCAUGGGAUUGCAGCUGUCCUGGCUGAGGAGCUUUUCCAUAAUGGUGAGCAGUUACUUGUAGCAGGGGAAGUAUUUCAUAUGAGGCCUCUUCAGCUAUAUGCAAUAACAGCGUUACUGCGCCACGCCAAACCAACAUGCAUCAACGGGGAUGCCAAAACCGACCUGGGACAUAUACUUGACUUUACUUGUAGGCUCAAGUAUUUAAAGAUCAGCGGCACUAGGGGUCCUGUAGGAACAAGUAACAUACAAGAACAUUUACUUCCAUAUGAUCUUUCUGUAUUUAAGUCACUUUGUCAGGUAGAGAUCUGCCAUUCCGAUGCCAAACUUAUCAAAGGAUUCACCUCGUGCAAGAAAACACUGGCGACCAUGACUGUUCAGUUUUCAACAUCAUCAUUAAAGGACAUCUUGGUACCAGAAGCUCUUGAAUUUGAUCAUUGGGUGGCAGAAGGCACGUCUUCAGAUUGUCCUAUUACAGCUGUGGUUCCAAAAUGGAGCGCUCUGACCACUGUGGAUAUGAGCCACAAUCAAAUCUCCUCUAUAGAUGAUUCAGUGAAACUUACUCCACAAGUAGAAUUUCUGGCCUUGAGUCAUAAUCAUAUAAGCUCAAUAGAGAAUCUACAGCACUUGUACAAUCUUGUUCACUUGGAUCUUUCUUAUAAUAAGCUUUCCAUAUUGGAAGGAGUUCACUCAAAAAUUGGGAAUAUUAAAACGCUUAAUUUAUCUGGAAACCUUCUUGAGAACCUCAAAGGACUUAAUAAGUUGUAUUCUCUUGUCAACUUGGACCUUAGCAACAACAAGAUUUCACAGGUUGAUGAAAUAAAAAAUAUAGGAAGCCUUCCAUGCUUGGAGACUGUCAAUUUGACAGACAACCCCGUUACGAUUGUCCCUGAUUACCGAACCAAGGUUCUUGCACAGUUUGGGGAUCGAGCUGCGGAGGUUUGUUUGGACAGUACCAGCACAACGGAAAAGGAGCUGGAUACUGUGGAAGUGUUAAAGGCAAUUCAAAAAGCAAAGGAAGCAAAAAAUAAAUUGAAUAAUGCAGAUAAAAAGAUGAGUGAGGACUUCCGGCUCACAUCUGCCAGCUCUUCUUUUCCUGCAAACGCUUCCUCUUCACCUCUCUCUCGGCCUGUUAUCUCCAGUCAAGACCUGUCCCCAGUCAGCAAAUUCUCCAGUAGCUUGACAAGCGAACAGAAAUGCGGAGUUGAACAUUCCAUACAUGAUGGGGGCCAAAACACCGAGCAAACACCAUAUGAUGAAUCUUUGCCAGUCAGCCACAAUAACCUUAAUUUGAUCAGUCACGUGGAAGAGGAAACCACAAUAGAACCAGAUCUUCACAGCUCAGUAUUUCCUAUUCCUUGUCUUUCAUAUCCUACGAGUGAUCAGGAUUUUAGCCCAUAUUUUUCUACAUCGAUUGCCCAUGCAUUAAAACAGAAGCAAGAGCUCGAGGGGACAGUGGAAACCAGGGAUAAUCCAAGCGCUGAUUCCAAAAGUUGUGAGCCAGGGGAUGGCUAUUUUGAGAUGGGACUCCAUGAGAGAGACCACAAUUUUUCAAACGGACCUCUUUCACAAAACACCGAUGUCAGUAUUAUACGGGUACUUUGGAACUUCACAAUCCGUCUCCAUCGAGAAGUUAAGCAGUUUUCUUCAUGCAUUGUGUUAACUGAUACUUUACUUGCCUUGUUUGAGGUGCACGGUGACCAGCUUCAGCAACAACACCUUUUCCAUCCUUCCUCAAUGAAACUGGUCGGCUAUUAUUAUUAUGGAGAUUUCACAGAAAUUACUUUCCUCAUACCAGAAAGUUGCCUGGCAUUGAGGGUGAGAAAUGGAGAAGAUUUUGUCAUUAUUCUUACAGAUGCUCAGAAUUUGGAGGAGUUUUUGUCAUGUUUACAGUUACAGUGCUCACAAAACUGUACGACUCUGCCCCAUAUCUCUGCAGUGCAUGGAACCGGCGUCCAAGGCUUCUUCCAACGCCUUACGGGAGAACAUCAGCUUCAUUUAGCAGACUGUGAAGUGAAGGGAUAUUUUCCCUGUCUAUUUUAUUGCGAAGAGGACAAUUCAGAGCUAAGUUCCCAAGAAGUUCUCCGGUUUGAGAACACCCAAUUGGGCUCAGACUUCUGUAUUCAAUCUCUUAAUUGCACCAAACAUGGCUUUAGUGAACAAAACAGGGAUAAGUCCUGUCUGGUGUGGCUAUUUCUCACACCACAAGAUAUGGUCGUAAUCAGAAUUGAUUUCCAUAUGAUUUGUCAGGGUAAAAGUAUGGCUGCCUAUUCCCACAACUCUUUCAAGCUCAGCAGGAUUCCUAUUGCCUCUGUGGUCGUUCAUCCUGCACACCGGCACACUGACGCUAAGCAGUCACUUCAGGACAGCCAUGUGCUCCAGUUCAUUUUGGACUCCGUUACUGUUACUGCCAUGUUUGUGCUACCUGAUGAUAAAAGUCACUUCUUAUCGCUCUACAAGUUAGUGAGGAGUUCAGUUCACGAUGUUAAAAGUAUAGUCGUGUUAAAGUCUUAUGUGAAGACCACAGAUUGUGUUCUGGCAAACCAGACCCAACUGCCAACUAUAAGUCCUAAAUCCCAGAUGACACUACCAACAUUAUACCCUUCUGAAAGUUUAUUUCAGAAAUUGUUGGGGGAAAAUCAGAUUCCAUUUCAUUUGGCAGCAUCUACACCGUUGCGUUUUAUUUCUGCCCUUAAUGGGAGAAGCAUUGUGAAAUUCUUUCAAGGCAGCAUCUCUGAGGUUGACAAUGAGGAAUUAAGGUACCUGAUGUGGUCCUCGGUGACACUGUAUCAAUUACCAGAUUCGGAAAUGACGUCAUGUGUCUUAUUGUCAACAAAAGCAAUAUAUUUUGUGCUGGAUGACACUUGUAAGAGCGCAAAUCAAAAUCCUCAGGAUAACUGCAGCCACAUGAAAUCAGGGUCAUCAGGCACAUUUCACCCUUGUUGUUGCAUUGUAAUUCCAUUCAGCGACCUGCAGUCUGUGAACAUUGGACUCUUUGAUCAGUUCUUCAGAAUAACAGGUUCUUCUCCAAAUCAUGUUGUAACGUGUCUGACCAGAGACAGCUACACAACGCAUUCCUUUGUACAACACCUAAUGUCUGCAUUAUCCUUGCUGGAGCGAACCCCUUCUCCUGAACCGAUUGAGAAAGACUUCUAUUCUGAAUAUGGGAAAAAGAAAACCGGGAAACUGGAAAAUUAUGAACUAAUUCAUUCCAGUAGAGUGAAAUUCAUCUACCCCAAUGAAGAGGAGAUUGGAGACCUCACCUACAUUGUGACGGAGCAGAAUGAGUCCUCUGGCAUGCUACCAUCUCUAAAUAUUUUGCUGUAUGUUCUGGCAUUUCAUGUGGAUUCUGCUGAAGGACCCGAACAGGAAGCUUUGCUGCAGCCGAGGACCCUCAUCCUUACCAGCUCAGACCUGUUUUUGUUCAAUGAAGAUUACAUUAGUUACCCUCUCCCCGAUUUCGUCAAAGAACCCCCAAAGAGAGAUAAGUAUCAGUUAAUGGAUGGGAGGCGUAUAAGGGAUUUAGACCGCGUUUUAAUGGGUUAUCAAACUUACCCCCAAACUCUAACAUUUGUCUUUGAUGACUCCAGUAACCAAGACCUGAUGCAUAGUUUAUCAAUGGAUCAUUUUGGAGAGUCUUUAAGCCCAUCUGAUACCCAGAAAUCUUGUGUUGGAGACAGAGAAGUCCAGUGGUACAUCUUCAUACCCAGUGCGGACUGCCGUGAAAAGCUCAUCUCACUACUUGCACGCCAAUGGGAGAUACUCUGUGGUAGGGAGUUACCUUUGGAGUUGACAGGAUAAGAUUUAUGGUACACAGAAUUAAACCAAAUCUGGUGUUGAUGCUGCUUUGCCGUGUACCUUUAUAUUGACAUUGAUAGCACCUGUCUGAGCAAACACGCGGAAAACAACUUCUGCUGAUGUUUGAAGAGGAAAUCCCACGAAAAAUAUUUAUUACCUAUCACCCACCACUGGGACCACUUGGCUGACUAGAGAGGAGGUCCUAAUCCACCCCUUCCUUGUCAGUGAUGGCAUUGGGGAGGAGUUUGAAUGGAGCGGUGGUUCCAUUCAGUGACGGUGACGAGUAGAGCUGAAUACAGUGCUUUGCUGUUUCCGUUGGCGACAUAAACAUUGACUGUAGUGGUGGAGGAACAGGGAGAUCACACCGCCUGUUCUAAUAAUCUGCGGGUCCCAAUGGUAGGGCCCUUAGUAAUCAUUCUUUUUUAACCUAUCCCGAUGGAUAUUUCUUAUUGGUUAAGCGUCCUGAGAGUUCUUAUUUGAAUAUGUCAGUCGACCAAGCCGGACGGUCUCGCUUUUAGGUUUAAAGUGGCUGCCUCAGGUCUCUCCUGCUUUCCUAUUUGGUAGAAGUGGAGAUGCUAAGCUUGUAGAUAUAUACAGUACAUAUAGAUUUAUAUGAUUUUACGUGGUAUUAUCAUGUAAAAAGCUAAGACUCAUGGAGGGAACCUGUUUCACCUACACAAUGAUGGGCAGCCUUUCUUUGAUGAGUUUAUAUACAGGGACAGCCAUCAAUCACUCCACAUGGGAGGGAGACACAGGACUCAGGUGAGCAUUUAAAAGUGUUUUCUCAGGACAGACAUGGCUGGCAUCGUGCUAUGGUAGGCCAUGAAUGUCCAUUUGGUGGGGGUUCUGAGCGUAGCGACUCCGAACAUUGCUAGAAAAAAGUGGCAGAGGUGCUAAGGAAAUAUGAAGCCACCACAGUUCCCGUCUGCUCUGCCUUUGUCAUAUACUGGCCUCAGUUUAAGGCUCUAUUCACACGACUGUAUUUUUCUGCGUUUUCUGCAGACCCAUUCAUUUCAAUGGGGCCUCAAAAAAUGUGGUCAUCACAGCUUGUGCUGUCCGCAUCUGUGUGUCCGUUCCAAAGUACGGUCGUGUGAAUGCACCCUAACACAGGAGACCCCACAGAUAUGCUUUAAUUCAUUGUGGAAGCCAGCAGUGGCCAGGAUUAUAGGAACAGCAGAGCAGGUAUCUAACCUUAAAGGGGUGUGGGUGUACCCCUUUACGGAUCCUUUUUCUUAAAACACAGUACUCUACAGCUCCCGUAAAUGUUGAUGUACCUUCUUAUGCUCACUUUUCUUUACCAUUAUUUGGUCUUUGCGGUAAAUGCGCAUGCUAAUAGUAAGUAUUUUUUCUGUAUGUUGCUUUGUAUUAUAUUGUAUGUAACCAGUAUUCAGCAAAUGUACUAUUUCUGGCACAAAGCUUCCUUCUGGAGCCAACGCACAUUUUGUAUAUUUCACUCUUGUAAUGUGUACUAUAAAACUUGUAUGUAACAUGUUCAUCAGCUGCUGUGAACUAUCUAAACCAAACUUCUCUCUGUAAGUACAGUAAAUAUGAUGGGGCCUAUCAUGUCUAAAAAGCUUUUGGAAAAUGUUAAUUUAAGAUCAGUGAGACCCUCACAGAUCAGCUGUUGUCAGGAGCUGGAGUAUGUUGGAACCAAGCACUUUAGGGUAUUCCCACUCUGUACGCUGCCAUGGCCGCUUCCUGCAGUGCCUCUCACUUUCACUUGAACCCCCUCCGGUUUUGCUGAUUUAUUUGUGCGUAUUCAUGGGAAAGUUGGGGGAGUCCGCUAUUUUAUCUUAGGGCAAUUGUCCAUUCAGACUCUGUGCUGAUUAUUUUGGUAAUGAUUCUUAACAAUGGUUGGAGUUCUGCUUUCUCUGAUACAGAGCUAAAUCCCGGCAUAGGCAUAGUCUCAAAGGGGUUUUCCUGCAGGUAGGUCAUCAAUAUCAGAUCUUGGGUUUCUAAUACCCAGCACCUCCUCCAGUCAACUGUUUUGGCAGGUGCUGGAACAAAACGGUGAACUUGAAGCCUUUUGCUUCUAGCUUUGUCCUCUGAUGGGGUUCCGGGUGUUGGACCCCCAACAAUCUGGUAUUGUUAAUCUAUCCAGAGAAAAACAUGCAGUAAGAUCCCACUAUAUAUAUAAUAAAACAGUGAGCAGAGAAUGUCAGACCCGAAAAUGACAUAACAUUUAUGACAUAACCUUUAAAGUAAGAUACAAAACAUGUGAUUGCAUAUUUUUCAGAUUAACAAGCAUCAGUACAGCAUUUUCUAUAUUUAUUAUAAGUAUAAGCAACUGACCCUUAGCGCUGUUGGAUAAAAUAAAUA